UCAACCAAUCAGCGUUCACCUUCAUAGUCGCUUGCAGAGGCUCGGUGCAGUAUCAUUAUAGGCUGCAGCAUCAGUCGAUCUCUACUGUACGCUCCUCUCCCAGCGACAAAACACUCAUCAAGGAAAAUGACUUUGCAGGCGGAAUUUGAUCAAUAUGCAGAAAAUGUAAAGAAAGUAAAGUCCAGACCAAAAGACCAGGAAUUGCUGGAUUUGUAUGGCCUCUACAAGCAAGCUAUUGUUGGGGACAAUAAUAUUGAUAAACCAGGAUUGACAGAUUUGAAAGGGAAAGCCAAAUGGGAAGCAUGGAAUUCAAGGAAAGGUAUGUCGAAUGAAGAUGCCAUGAGUGCCUACAUUUCCCUGGCUAAGGAAACCAUUGAAAAAUAUGGGAUGUGAUGAAGAAAAACACCUUAGUUUAAAGUAGAAAUAGAUUUCAAAUGAAAAAACAGCAAGAAGAUAUUAUGAAUUUUACCUAUUAAUUAAAUUAAGAUCUUAAUAAUUUCUGUAUAAUUUCACCCUAAGUAAUUUAAAAUAACAGACUCAAAAUAAUUAUCUUGGUUUCUUACUUAUACCCCUUAAUACAACAAGUCAGUGCCAGUCAUGUGUGACCUAAAUAUAUGAGCAUGUAAUUUGUUUUAAAUGGUUGUACUUUAUAAAGGGAGUCAUUAAAUAAAAAGAUAAUAAAUCAG